UCAUUGUCAUAGAGAAGAAUAUAGAUUUUGUUCGGACAUGGCCGCGGUUUCGGCGAUACAACACUUGCAAUGUUUUGUAUAUUCAUAUUCAUUUUUUAUAAUGAAUAAGGAAUUUUAUACUAACAAGUAGUGUUUAGUUAUUUGUGUAUAGUGCUGUGAUAUUUGUAAUGGAUGCAGAGAGCGGAUAUGAAAUUAAAAGAGCUCGUGAUGCAAUUCAGAUGAUUGAGACCAUUCAGUCAAUGAUAGACGUUUCGGCUGAUAGACUGGAAGGAUUGAGGACACAAUGCUCGACCAGCGCAGAACUGACGCAGCAGGAGAUCCGGACUCUGGAGGGUAAACUAGUGAAGCACUUUUCCCGACAAUUGGUGAUAAAGGCUAAUUUCGGUGAAGAGCUGCAGCGGGAGCUUCGUGAUGUGCCCAGUUUGAGGCAGUGGCUUCGAGUUGUAGGCCUGAGCGUGGAUGCUAUUGAGGCAGUGUGUUCGCGCGUGUCAUCGCUUGAAGCUCUACGUGAUAGGUCGGAACAUGAGUUGCGGGCGAUUUUGUGCGGUGCUAGAGAUGAGGAAGUUCGCCGUUUGGGGCGGGCAAUGCAAAGGCUGCGAAGUUAUACAGAGGCCUUAGCGCGUGGCGAUGGUGGUGUAGACUUACCCUUAUACUGGGACAGUUGGGAACAGAGACAUGGAAGAGGUUCGCCACGAGCAAGGGAAGAUCGAAAUCACAAAAAGAACGCUAAAAUACAAGGGAAUGGCGGUAAAUCUCCAACAACUCCAGUGGGCAAACGCAAGCAGAACUCUCACCUACCGGCGCCUGAUGCACUCACAAAAUCGCGAUCACACGAAUCGCAACUCUCUGUCAAACCUGAUGCCUCGGACCACAGCGACAACAGUCAGUCAUCAGCAGUUGGCAACACCGAAGGCUCUCCUCCGGCCUCACCGAGAGAACCAGAAAUUGAAUACACGCAGAGAAAUAAUAACACGCACCAUGGCAGUCCCAAUGUAGGAAUGGGGGGUCCCCGCUCACCCCGCGUGGGAAACACAACCCCCAUGGGCCCUGUCAGCGUGGGCGGCUGCAUGGCCCACGACAUAGCCCACCGCUUCACGAAGACAUUCAAUAUGAUAGCGACAUGCGAUUUCUGCGAUAAGCAGAUGCUCUUCGGAUCUGGUCUCAAGUGCAAGGAGUGCAAGUUCAAGUGUCACAGAGAUUGUGAGAGCAAAGUGCCGCCAUCUUGCGGGCUGCCGCAGGCUUUUGUGAACGCUUUCAAGGAGAAGUUUCACAAAGACGGUAAGAAGUACAGGUUAUUUAAAGGUGGUUAUUACAUUCCGUCUCCGAGCGCGGGUCGUGGCAUUGUGACGUCAGUGACGCCCACAAGACGAGCGCGGCCGCCGGCCCAGCAUCAUCACUCGGGCAACCCAGACUCUUCGUCGACAACUUCUUCGUGCAACAGUUCCACGCCGUCCUCCCCCGCCCUUGCCCCUGCACCCCCCACCCCGCAGACCCACCAUCAUUAUCAGCUCAAUGCGGGUCGGAGGUUUCACUUCCCCGAUGUUAAACCGGCGAUAUCAAGUCCAAACCACACGUCUACUGUGCAGUCUCCCGCGAGGACCACGGCCGAUACCAAACAGGAUCUUACAGCUAGUAUAAGAAGUGAGGGUUCGGGUCGCGUUUCUCUCAGCGGUUCCGGAUCGACUGACAGCAGUGGACCUGGGAGAGAUAACUCAGUAGACCUACCCUCACAUGAUGAUAGAUGGCCAAGACAGAAUAGUUUAUCAAUGAAAGAAUGGGAUAUACCAUACGACGAAUUGAAACUAUACGAAGUGAUAGGGGCCGGGCGAUUCGGUACUGUGUACCGAGGGAGUUGGCACGGCGCUGUAGCUGUCAAAGUCUUACACGUGCACGCACUGAACGAUCACUGUGCGCCGUUAGAUACGUUUAAACAUGAGGUGGCAACAUUUCGUAAAACGAGACACGAAAACCUAGUUCUAUUCAUGGGGGCGUGUAUGAAACCGCCGCGGCUCGCAAUAGUGACGUCAUUGUGCAAAGGAAUGACGUUGUAUACCCACAUUCAUUUAAGAAAGGAUAAAUUUACAGCAAACAAAAGUGUAUUAGUUGCACAACAGAUAUCGCAGGGUAUGGGCUAUUUGCACGCGAGAGGCAUUAUCCACAAAGAUUUGAAGACGAAGAACAUCUUUCUGGAGAACGGGAAAGUGGUCAUCACGGAUUUUGGAUUAUUCAGUGUCACCAAAUUGUGCUUUGGGAAUAAUGCCCGUGGAGACAGCUUGGGUAUUCCAUCAGGCUGGCUCUGUUACUUGGCACCGGAAUUGGUUCGCGCGUUACGACCACACGCCUCACUUCAUCUACCUUUCUCCAAACAGACAGACGUGUACGCGUUUGGUACGGUCUGGUAUGAAUUGUUAUGCGGGGAAUACCCGUUUAAGGGUCAGCCUGCUGAAGCUAUUAUUUGGCAAGUGGGCAAAGGGGCGAAACAAUCGCUUGCCAAUAUGCAGGCUUCUAGGGAUAUUAAGGAUAUCCUAAUGCUCUGCUGGUCGUAUAGAGAGAGCGAGCGACCGGAUUUCCCUCAUUUAUUAUCAACACUCGAGAAGCUUCCACGAAAGCGUCUAGCUCGCUCUCCCUCACACCCGGUACAUCUGUCUCGUUCUGCCGAUUCCGUCUUCUGAGAAAGGCUGGCGGGCGCGCUUUGUGUAAGGCCCUAAUCAAGUUUAGAACCUGCUUAUUACCUUCUGUAUGUGAUAUCGCCCUGGUCCUUCUACAACAAAGGCAUACACACCCAUAUUCAAACUUACUGUCUUUUAAAUAAAGUAAUCUGUCGUCUCUUUCUGCCAAAUUGUGAAUAUACUGUGAUGAAAAGGCAUAGUUUAAUGUUGUAUUUUUUAUUGACAAAGGGGCCUUUAUGUUAUUAUUUUAACUAUUCCUGGAGAUAAACAUUAUUCUGAUCUGAUCGUUUUAUACCGGGUUAGGUAAGUUUCUCCUGACAAAAACAUUUUAUAUCCAUUGGUUCCAAUUAAUUUUCAUUCUUUAUAAUAAAAAUUUAAAUAGAAUAUGCUAUUCUUGAAAUUAAAAAAAUCUGCGAUUAUGGUAUAUAUAGUAUUUUGGUAACCAAGCUACAGGCUAAUGACAAUUUAUCUCCUCUUUUGAGUAAAUUGCUUAUUAUACAUAUAAUGUUUGAGAACAAAGCCAAGGCUUUGGACAAUCUACUUCAUAGAAAAACAUUUAAUUUAUCACAUAAAAAUAUAGGUAUGAAUUUGGUAUAUAAUCAGAUAUUUAUUGGGGAUUCCAAUAUCACAAAGCGCGACGCAACUAUGACUUUUAUAAAUAUAUCUGUAUAUAGACGAUUUUAGUAAUGAUUAACGAUAAUGUAUAUACUUUGGACUAAUAUCAUAUCUUUAGGUAAACGGGUAUUCGCUACUUACAUGAGUUGUAUGUUCUGAUCUCUACAAAUUUAUUUUUACUGUGAGUUAAUUUUAUCUAUAACUGUAAAUAAUGUUUAGAGAUCUAAUUAAGUAUGCAAAUUGAUCAUUUUAUUAUGAAAUCCGAAUUACAUUUAUUUAACAGAAAUAAUAAUUUUUGGUUACCUUAUAUUCCUCUGAAUUGUGACUUGAAAAAAGAAUAUUAAUAAUUGUAAAUAUAAGUUGUCUUAAAAUAUUUUGACUUGUUCAAUAAAUCUUUUGAAUGUAUUUUUUAUGUAAAUAUUGUAUGCAUUAUUGUAAAAAUAAUAUAAGUAUUAUUUAUUUUUCUAUGUUUUCUGUUAAGCAUUAUACAAAUAGAUAUAGCAGUAAAAUUGAAAAAAAAAUUACAGCAAUUAAAGGGUCAAAUUCAUCAUGUCAAAUCAAUAUUAAAUAUUAUGCUUUAUUAUGAAAUGAGCUUGUAUUAUUUUUAUGAAAAAUGGCAUAAAACAAUUCAUAAAAUUUAAUAGAAGUAUAAGUAAAUUAAUUAGUCAUCCAACAUAAUUAUGUUAGUAAAUUUUUCUUUCAGUUGUAUUUAAAAAAUCAGAAACUACCCACCAUUUCAUAUUCUCAUUUCUAAUAUUUGGCUUUGACAUAAUACAAGUAUAUUUGAAAACAAGAGGCUCCAUCUUGAAUUAAAUAGUUUUAAUUGUAUACAUAGUUCUAAGUCUUCACUAUUUAUUUUAAUGUAAGUAUCUCCCGAAAUUGUAUUAAAGUGUAAAAAUACUAGUAAUGUAUAAAUUAGGUCUUAUUGUUAUUUUAUUUUAAAUUAUUAUAAAAUAAGAAAUUGAAUUCUGGUCACUCAGCUCCUAUUAUUAUAAAUUGUUGUAUAUUAAUAACAGAGUGACAGCCACAUAAUUUGUAUAUAGUGCAAGUGGCGAGGUUUGUUCAAUUAAAUUUUACAUAUUCCAUUUGAUUAUUGACAUGGUUACUUACCGGUUCUUACAUAUGUACCACCUACUUAUUUUGUCCAGUGUUAUACUUGGCAACAUUUUUGUUUUUACUAUAUAAUAAUUUAUAUUGUAUGUAUUAUUUUACAUUUCUCCCCCCCCCCCACCUUGCGUAAGUAUUUUAGUAAUAUUUGAAUGCUUUAUUUCUUACAUUAUGUAAUUCUCAGACAGGGUUGAGUAAGUAACUAUGUUAGAAUGUACAGAAAUGCAGUUGAAUGCCUGAAAGUAGUUUUACACAAUGUAUUGAGAUUUCUGUUACUAGGUUAGUUGCAUUUGCCAAAAUAAAUCUCCCAUCACUGUU